CUCAGGCGAGACUAGUCCAUUGUACAAGGCCCGUCGGCCCUUCGGCCCGAUUAUUAGCAGCAGACCUUCUCCUGGCACUGGGUUUGCUUACGGACAGGUCUGCUGCUAAUAAUCCCCAUCGGAGUAGGGGAACUCCCGGAGAAGGUAGGGGUUGUUCAUCAGUUCAUCGCGUCGCCGAGCAGGACCGCCUGAAUCCCCCUCCUCGUCUUCCUCGGCCUUCCCAGCUGCUCCGAUGGCGGCCUCCGAGGCUGAGCAGAAAGUCGUGGUGCACGUCCGCUCGGCCGGCAACGCGCCGAUACUGAAGCAAGACAAGUUCAAGAUUUCAGGACGAGAUAAAUUCUUGAGGGUUAUUGAAUUUCUUCGUCGACAACUUCAUCAGGAUACACUGGUAGGAAUAUAUAGUCGUGAAUUUGAUGCAAAUUUAAUCCAUGACACCCUUUCACUGACAGUUUUCUAUGUUGCCCACAGUUUGUCUAUGUCAACAGUUCGUUUUCUCCAAGCCCAGACGAGCUGAUAAUUGACUUGUAUAAUAAUUUUGCAAUAGACGGGAAGCUUGUGGUAAACUAUGCUUUAUCGGCAGCGUGGGGUUAAAAGAUUGGAUUUGCGGGAAGAAUCGAAUGGAUCGAAAACGCCGUUUGAAAUUUGACCGUUUUACUGUGUAUAGCUGGAGUUGUAGUUGGUCAGUCAAAGAGGCACUAGCUCUCACAUAUGUUGAUGAUGAAAGUAAAGGUUCUUGCGAGACUGCCUUUUCUGGCAUUGAACUGUCCAAGUGUUCUCUCUCUCUACAGUAUGUUUAUUGGUUCUUGAUUCA